AUGGCAGAAGACUACUACGCUCAGGCCACCUACUGGUCCCCUCGUCAUCGCAGUCGAAGGAAUCAAUUGUGCUACCCGCUCUAUCCUCAAUACGACGAUUAUGGCGCACUCAUGCCGCUUGUGCAUGAAUACGCAGCCGCUGUACAUGCCAAAAAGCGCGAACCCGCAGAGGAUUCGGAAGAUGACAGCGAUAUCGAAAAGGCAAUAAGAGCGCAUGUUGAAGCACUGCAAGAACACGAAAAGGUCAAAGAGAGCUUCGACGACGCAAAAAAGAAGCUCGAGGAAAGUGAAGCGAAAGUGCAGGCAGCGGCCAAGAAGUUAGAGAAGGCAAAGAAGGAGUGGUACAGAUACCGUGGUCAUUGGUAUUGA